AAAGUUGUGGCCUGGUUAAAAUCCAUCCCCCGUGUCCUUGGCGAACACACCUAUUGCUGACCAGCCUGUGUCUGAAUUCUCAGUGAUAACGUCGUGUGACGUGGCAGGAUUCCAGCCAGAAUAUUUCUGCUUUUCUCUGGCUUCUUGGCUCAUUUGCUGUGAACAGUGAAAGGGAAAGUGAAAAUUGUCCCAGCUGGGGCGGGUCUGAAGCCUUCAGCCCACUGCACGCUGGAGGAGCUGGAAGAAGCGGGGGAGUUUCGCUGCCGGCUCCUCCAGUAAGUAGCACUGAUGUUUAUCACAUUUUCCUCUCUCCUGGCUUUUGCUCCGGUUCCCUGCAAAGUCCCAGGGCUGGCGCAGGGGUUAAACCCACGAAGGGCCCUUCCGAUGAUCUCACCUGUGCAGCACAAGGCGGGAAACUCUCCCCCCGGGAUCCCAGCAUGCAGCCCGCGCUUUAGGAGGAUCCUUUAGACAGGCUGGAGCUGUAAACACACUGUUUUAUUUCUGGGAGCAUAGAUGGAGCCCCCCUUCCUCCCCUAUUUCCUGUGGCUGGCACUGCCACCUCCAAAGCAGGGCCUGCCUGCCAGGCAGGAACCACCUUUUCCGCUCUGUGGGGCCACAUGGUGGUGCAAGGUCACAUGCCACUGCCCUCCUCCUCCCCCCAUUUCUGUGACUGCAGGGCUGUGCAGCCCGGCUGGAAAGAGAAGCUGCUGCUCACUUUGCAGCUGGACACCCCCUCUGGGUCCUAGCCCUACCCUUUCCGUGUCCUGGGGGGCAUCCUUCGUUUUGUGCAACAAAGCAGCCAUGGCUGCUGUGACUCCAGCACAACUGCUCCUAGGUGAACUGACAUGUGUGGUGUGUCUAGAUUUUUUUAAAGACCCAGUGUCUCUACCCUGCGGGCACCAUUUCUGCCAGGCCUGCAUCACUCAGUGCUGGAAGCGAUUGCGUGUAAAGUUCUCCUGUCCUGAGUGCAAAGAAAUCUUUUCCCAGAGAAACUUCAAACCAAACAGACAGCUGAGGAAUAUCGUAGAAGCUUCCAGAAAACUUACACUGGAGCCAGCAAAAGAACCAGAAGUUGGGACAAUGUGUGAAAAACACCAGAGGGCUUUAGAUGUCUUCUGCCAAGAGGAUAACACACCCAUUUGUGUGGUUUGCCACCUGUCCGGAGAUCACAAAGAACAUGCUGCAGUUGUCAUAGAGGAGGCUGCUGAGCAUUACAAGGGCCAAAUUCAGAGCCGUUUGGAGAAUUUGAAGGAAGAGAGAGACGAGAUUCUGUCAUUUAAAUUGAGUGGGGAAAAUGAAAGCCAGGAACUGCUGAAACAGCUAAAAACUGGGAGGCAGAAGAUUGUGUCUGAAUUUCAGCAACUGCACCAGUUUUUGGAGGAACAAGAGCGACUCCUGCUGGCCCAGUUGGAAGAGCUAAAUCAGGAAAUUGAAAAGAGGAGGGCUGAGUAUGUUGCGAAAUUAUCUGAGGAAAUAUCUUCUUUCAGUUCCCUGAUCAGUGAGAUGGAGCAGAAGUGCCAGCAGCCAGCGAGUGAAUUCCUGCAGGACAUCAAAGGCACCUUGAGCAGAUGCGAGAGGGAGAAGUUUCAGAACCCAGUGGACUUUUCUUCUGAACUGAAAUGGAGACUCUGGGAAUCUUCUCAAAGAAAUGCAUCUGUGGAGACCAUAGUGAAGAAAUUCAAAGACUCACUGUCGUCUAGACAGCGGUUGGACAAAGCGAACGUGACCCUGGAUCCAGACACGGCCCAUCCCCGACUCAUCCUGUCUGCGGAUCGGAAAGGUGUGAGAUGGGGAAGACACACAAGGCAGAAUCUGCCCGACAACCCUGAGAGAUUUGACAGUUUGCGCUGUGUGCUGGGCUCUGAGGGAUUCACCUCCGGCAGACAUUACUGGGAGGUGGGGACGGAGAUGCGGGGAGUCUGGGGCAUGGGGGUGGCUAGAGAGUCUGUGAGCAGGAAGGGACGGAUCAGCUUUACCCCUGAGCAGGGAAUCUGGGCUGUGUGGUGCUGGGAGGAUCAGUACUGGGCUCCCACAUCCCCUGCGCAGAGCAUCCCCUUCCCCCCGAGCCAGGGACCCCGCAGGAUCCGGGUUUAUCUGGACUAUGAAGGGGAGCGGGUGGCGUUUUUUGAUGCUGGUACCGGGGACCCGAUGGUCACUUUCCCGCCAGCCUCUUUCGCCGGGGAGAGAAUCCUCCCACUCUUCUGGCCUGGUUCUAAUGUGCAGCUCACCCUGUGUCCCUGAGGUGCCCUGUCUGUGCCCACGAAACAGGCUCCUCUAGCCCCCCCCCAUCUCUGUGACCUAGAGGACUCAGCCAGGCUCCCCCACGCAGACAGGGCUGAAGGGGGGUGAUGCUCUACCCGUAGGUCUGUGGGAGGCUCUAGGUUGGGUCUCUGUGCUCCUAGGAGGCCAACUUGGGGGGGGUCCCACCAAGGAGCGAGGGAGCCCCCCUGUGGGAGGGAUCGAGCCGAGGGCGA